UCAUACUCCAUACAAAUAUUCUACUAUUCAUCAUCUUCUUCCCUCUCUUGAGCCCAAUCUCUCCAUUUAUUAUAUAGUUUGGAUUCCUAUAAUCCAUGGUGCUUUGUUUGAGAGAUUCCUCUCCACAAACAUCAAGAAAUUCAUUCGAAUCGCAAGAAAUAAGCCAAAAAACUGUUCUUAAAAACCAAAACUGUAGCCGCCGGCGUGUGGGCUGCGACGCUGUUGCUCCAGACCUCCCUACUGCUGCUCUGUCCGUCGUUGUGUUCUGUUUGAGGCUGGUUUGUCGCUGCUCCGGUCUCGCCGCCGUCAUCCAUAUCUCUUCCGACCGGUGGUGAUGCAAACCCCGACGUCACAUCAGACGCCCGCCGCUAGCUCCAUCACCUCCGGGCCCAAUCGCUCCUGGUUACUCCGUUACUUUCCGACACCGACACGGCUCGAUGGUUGGAAUGUAGACCAGCGACGACCAUGGAGACCCGUCAGGUACGACCAUCGAGAACAUCCCCUGUGUCCGGCAGUAACUAGAUCCGGGUCUUCACUCUUCCCUUCUCUAGUCAAAGCAAGGACGCUGCAGCACUUCCCCCCUUCUUUGGUUGACACCCGCAAGCAGCAAGAGAGAGAGCAGUCAUCUGCCCUAUGAACAUGUGGGCUAAGACCAUUUCAAGCCCAAGAUUGAUUCUCAAAAGCUAAUGGGCCACGAUUUCAACAACAAUCAAUCAAAAUCAGCCCACUCUUAGAAGCUAAGUGCACUUUCUCUAGUUUUAAUAUAAUUUGUCAAAUUCACAAAUUGAUUCAAAAAUGCAAAAAAAAAAAAUGAAAUAUUUUAAUAAUAUAGCAUCAAACUUCAAUCUCAAGGGACGAGUCAUCCGUGAAAAGACCCGUAAAUAGCGUACACGGGAAGAGUGCUAAAAUCUUGCACCACCGGGUCACGUCAAACGAGUGUGGAUAGUAAGCUCCCAAUCCAAAUGUUAUCUAAUACAUACUCUAGUUUCUAUGUUUUGAAUGAGUUAUGUGUACCCUCUAGCUAUCGGAAAUGAACUACAAUCCCUCAGCGGUAGGUUCAAUCCUUUAUGCAUGCCACGCUCCAACUAAGCAUAGAAACCUAGUUUGAGCUCCAGCUUGAAAAUUUGAGGCCACUUAAUGUAGACCCAAAUCCAAUAGCAAAUUAUAAGUCCAAGAAAUUAUAACAAUUUUAUUUGAAUGCAUAAGUGCAACUAAAUGAUAACAUCAUACCGGCCCCUUCGGCCACAUAUCUCGGUCAUCUUUAUUUGAUGACCAGGACAUCAUAUUAUGGAUGAUCGCUUGACCUAUCUCUUAGUCAUCUUUAUUUGAUGACUAGGAUUACCUAUCAUGUUGAGCUACGCACAUAUGAGGAUCGAUCUUGGCCAUCCCCUUAGCAGAUGCCGACGGUUGCAGUUCCACGCCAGGCCAAAGGGUUCACCUCUUUUGCUUCAUUUUGGGGGCAUCUGAUGUACUCUUUUUCCCUCAUUAGGAUUUUCCCCACAGGGUUUUUCCCUAGUGAGGUUUUUAACGAGGCAUCUCCCCAACAUGGACAAAAGGUGUCGACCCUCGGUCCAUAUUGAAGACAUCACAAGACCUGCACUACUCUACUCCUCUUCACCUCACUACAUUCACCUCAAGGAGUGAGGGACUCGAAGAGCGGGGGACUUAGCGCCUCCGUUAACCAAAGAAGUAGAAAUUCAAAAAAAUUCACGAAGUUUACUCACCAGACGAUAGAUCAGCACACAGUUCUACUCCCUUUCGCCUCGAGUACUCUCGACUCAGGGAGUGUGGGACUCCUGAUAGAGUAUAUAGACUCGGACCCCUGGGUCUCACGACUAUUGGGCCCGGACAGCGGCCCACUCGCGCUUAUCGGAUGUCAUUUAUAUCAUUUGUAUGUACUAGAUUAGUCUUUUGUGUAGUUGGGCCUAUCGGGCCCAUAUUAGCGGCCCGACCCAUUAUUUGUCUAUUUAUACUCCCUUUGGGAAACUUGUAACCCUAAGUUCUUAAUUCAUACUCCAUACAACUAUUCUACUAUUCAUCAUCUUCUUCCCUCUCUUGAGCCCAAUCUCUCCAUUUAUUAUAUAGUUUGGAUUCCUAUAAUCCAUUAUGGGGGUAUCGUACCUAGUAAGCAUUUGUUUGAUCAUUAAUUUAUAUUAAAUAAUUGAACUACAAUAUUCUAAUUGGUCGACGUGAAAAGAGGUAGUGUAGAACUCACCUUUUUAGAAAACCUUUAGAAAUAUCUUGUUUGAGAUAUACACAAUUUUCUAAAAUACGUAAGUUGUGUCGAGACUGCACGAUCAAGCGUCGAGCAUUUGAAGCCUAAGCGAGUUCAGGUCAGGUGUAUGCGUGGAUAGACAUUUUUUCAAAACAAAUCGUUGAAUUAACUUCGACUUUUAAAAAUCAUGUCAAUACAUAUAUGUGUAUAAUACGAUAUUUGUUACAAACAUCCAGACAAUAAAUAUGAUAUUAGUUUAUUUGGAAUUAUUUGGUUACUUUUCUAUUAUUGUAUAGAUUACCUUAAUUACAUACUACCGUUGUACUCUUCUACUAUAAAUAUGGCCUUGCAUUCAACUUAAUUAAUCAAUAAAAUAUUAUGCAAUUGCUUUCUAAGAUGGUAUCAGAGCAUUCUUAUCUUUCUAUACGCAGGCCCUUCUCUUUGCAUAAAAAAAACUUUGCUUUUCUCUCCACCAAGAGGAUCCAUUCUUCUAGCUUCUCACGUUUUUUUAUUCCUUUUUUCAUAUUGCUGCUCCUCACCAUGAGUUCUUCUUGAGAUGAUGAUACUACCUCUCCUACAUCCCACACCGUCCACGAUGGUGCUUUCAAUAAUUCUGGACGGCAUCCCCAUAUGGAUCUCGAGAGUCCGUAUCAUCUUCUCUCAUCCGACAGUCCUAGUGCUGUUCUUGUUGGAGCAGUUCUUACAGGUAUUGACAAUUACAAUUCCUGGGUGCUAGCCAUGAGUAUGGCGCUUAAAGGCCGGAAUAAAUUCGCCUUUGUUGAUGGUAGUCUCCCUGCUCCGUCAGUCGCUCAUCCGGAUCAUGGUCGAUGGCACCGGGUCAACAAUAUGGUAAUGUCUUGGAUUAUUAAUUCUGUCCACACCUCUCUUGCUUCCACCGUUCUGUCCACACCCGAUGUUGCCAUUGUUUGGCAAGACUUCAAGGAUCGCUAUUUCACCGCAAAUGGUCCCCGUAUCUAUGAACUUGAACGAUCCAUUGCCACUCUAUGUCAAGCUGACGAUUCUAUACCCACCUAUCACAACAAAUUAAGUGGUCUCUGGGAUGAACUCACGCUUCUCAACCCCCCUCCCCAGUGUUCGUGUUCUGCUCGUUCUGCCUAUCAUGCCCAAGCUGAGCGCAGGAGGCUUAUGCAGUUUCUUAUGGGGCUCCGGGAUACAUACUCCCAGCCUAGGAGUCAGCUUCUCCUCAAUCCCGAGCUUCCCUCUGUUAAACGUGCUUAUUCCCUGCUUCUUCAGGAUGAGGCUCAACGGGCACACCAUUCUCCUUUUUCCACGGACCAUGCCGCCCUCCAAGCUGCUGCCCCUAGCCUUCUUGGCUUGCCACAGUCCCUAUUCCAUGCCAAUGUUAUCCACCAUUCCAAUCCUACAACUAAACAGCCAUCCCAAUCCAGCUAUGGAGCCUCCACAGCCCGUUCUUCCCAAAAGAAGCAGCGGUGCACCAUUUCUUCUAUGAGACAGAGAGUAGUUAAUUGGCCCAGACUACUAAUGUCUGGCUCAGACAAAAUUUGUCUGGUUGUAAGACAAAGAGUAGUUAAAUGGCCCAGACUACUAAUGUCUGGCUCAGACAAAAUUUGUCUGGAUGUAAUACAAAGAGUAGUUAAUUGGCCCAGACUACUAAUGUUUGGCCCAGACAAAAUUUGUUUGACUGUAAGACAAAGAGUAGUUAAUUGGCCCAGACUACUAAUGUCUGGCCCAGACAAAAUUUGUCUGGCUGUAAGACAGAGAGUAGUUAAUUGGCUCAGAUUUUAAGACAAAACCGCAUUCACUUUAGGCUAGACAGACACUUAAAUUCUAAAUUGUCUGUCCGCCAAACAAAAUACAAACAUAUGACAAAAAAACAACAUACUCUACUCCAAGUCUUCAACGUCCACACCUUCAUCAUCUUCUUCCCUUGAGGUACAAAAAAAUGGAAAAAGGUCUUGAAUUUCAACAAAAAAAUCAUUGAGUAAUUUCUACAAACAUGUUAUGGGCAUAAAAUGAACUAGAGAAAUUACACUAAAAUUUUAAUUAAUUAACACCUCUAAAUGAUUACAAUGAAACAAACUAAUCAAUUGUUCACUUUUAUAUCAUACAUUCAUACAUAAUAUACAUAAAAUCGAAAAAAGGAAAAAAAAAAUAAAAUAAAAAACGCACAUGAGGAAAAUGUUGGGAUUAAUUAAUUAAUCUUAAUUAGUUUACUUCCUAGGGAACAUAAAUUAUCUUUCCCUACUUUUAUUGGAAAGAUGAAAGGUCUUCUUGGAAAGGUAAAUUGUAUUUCCUAGGGAUUAUUUUACUCCUCUUGUAAUGCCUAUAUAAGGCCACCAAUUGUAAUGUUUUAUCAAGUGUGGAAUAUAAUACAUUCUCCUCCAUUCCUUUGAGUUAUAAGUUAGCCAAACACUUAGAAUAUUUUCGGAUAUUUGGGGCCUUCAAAUUGGUAUCAGAGCCACUGUUGAAGAAGAAGAUGGCAGCCACCAUGUUCGGCCAACUACCUCAAUUGAAGAAAGCAAACUUCGACCGAUGGAAUGCUCAAAUGAGAGCAUUGUUGAAGUCACAAGGAGUAUGGGAUGUUGUCGAUAAUGGCUACACAACACCGGAGGAAGGAACCGUCUUGACGGUUGCCCAACAAGUGGAACUCGAAGGAGCACAAAAGAAGGACCAAACGGCACUGUUUUGGUUGCUUCAAGCAGUGGAUGACACCAUCCACGAGAAGAUAGCCGAUGCCGAAACUUCAAAAGAAGCUUGGGACAUCAUCGAAAGAGUAUUCAAAGGAGGGGAAAGAGUAAAGCAAGUGAGGUUGCAAACUCUACGAGGAGAGUUGGAGACUAUGCGGAUGAAAGAGAACGAGAAGGUCACCGAGUACAUUAAUCGGGUGAUGACCAUAGCAAACCAUAUGAAGAGAAAUGGUGAAACCGUAAGUGAGAGUCGGAUAGUAGAAAAAAUUCUACGAACACUUACGGACAAAUUCGAGAACGUGGUAUGCGCAAUCGAAGAAGCUAGAAAUAUUGAGACGCUUACCAUUGACGACCUGUCGGGGUCGUUGGAGGCACAUGAACAAAGAAAGAUGAAGCGGCUAGAAUCGCUUGAAGAGGCAUUACAAACUAUGGUGGUAGAGGAGAAGGCAAUGUAUGCCCAUCAACCGAGAGGCCGAGGCCGAGGUCACUUCCGUGGUCGGGGCCAAGGAAGAGGAGACUACAACCGAGAGGAGAAUACCCACCAGAACCGGGAGGACCAACAUCGCCCGACCUGGAGAGGCCGAGGCAGAGGAGCUGCCCGAGGCGGUCGGGGAGGCAGACCCGAUGGGGAAUGCUACAAUUGCGGGAAACGGGGACAUUUCGCAAGAGACUGUUGGUCGAAACCAAAACCGGAGGAGAAUCUAAAUGUUGCUGAGCAUGAGGAUGAUGAUGGAGAUGAGGAAGGAGUGCUCUUACUAGCACACAAAGAAGGAAGCUUAACAGACGACGCUACGUGGUACUUGGAUACCGGGGCGAGCAACCACAUGAGUGGUUAUAAACAUUUAUUCACUGAGUUGAAGGAGGCUGAGGGAGGAAAUGUAUCUUUUGGAGAUACAUCAAAAGUAGUUAUCAAAGGCCGAGGAAAGGUUAAAUUUCUUCAAAAGAAUGGACAAGAGGGGACGAUUGAAAACGUACUCUAUGUCCCGAGCAUGAAGACAAAUAUCAUAAGCAUGGGACAACUUAUGGAGAAAGGGUAUUCAGCCGACCUAAGUGGUCGAUACCUACACUUGAAGGAUAGACGAGGCCGGGCCGUCGCCCGGGUAGAGAUGGCCAAGAACAGAAUGUACAAGUUGGACUUGAGAAGCGUAAACCAUAAGUGCUUGAAAGUCGACCUGACGGACAAGUCAAUAUUAUGGCACCUACGUUUCGGACAUUUGAACUUUGGAGGAUUAGCCGAGCUGAGCAAAAAGGGCUUGGUGCAUGGACUACCCGAGAUGGAUUUUCCAAAGCAAUUCUGUGAAAGCUGCGUACUUGGGAAACACACCCGGGCGAGCUUUCAGAAGACUGCCAAGUACCGAGCCAAGGGAGCAUUGGAGACAGUCCAUACGGACAUUUGUGGGCCGAUCACGCCAUCAUCUUUCAGUGGGCGAAGGUACUUUAUCACCUUUAUUGAUGACUACACCAGGAAGACUUGGGUAUAUUUUCUAAAAGAAAAAUCGGAGGCCUUUAAAACAUUCAAAAAUUUCAAAGCCGAGGUGGAGAAGACAAUCGGGCUGAAGGUGAAAGCGUUGAGGUCAGACCGGGGGGGGGGGGGGGGGGGGAGAAUACAUUUCAGACUCUUUUACAAAGUUUUGUGAAGAGGAAGGAAUUAGAAGAUUCCUUACCGCCCCGUACUCGCCUCAACAGAACGGGGUGGCUGAGCGAAAAAACCGGAGCAUUAUGGACAUGGUAAGAUCCAUGCUCAAGAGCAAAAAUAUGCCAAAGCAAUUUUGGGCCGAGGCGGUACGAUGUGCGGUGUAUGUACAGAACAGGUGUCCGCACUCAAAUCUUGAAAAUCUAACACCUCAAGAAGCAUGGAGUGGUCAAAAGCCGACCGUGUCACACUUGAGGGUGUUUGGGAGUAUCUCCUACGCACAUGUGCCCGAUCAGAGACGGACAAAAUUGGAAGACAAAAGCAAGAAGCUUGUCUUCAUUGGCUAUGAUGAGAAGACAAAGGGAUACAGACUAUAUGAUCCCGAGGAGAAAAGGAUCACAGUGAGCAGAGAUGUAGAGAUAAAUGAAAAAGGAAGUUGGGAUUGGAACACAGAGAAGGAGUACGUCCCGGACGGGACCUCAAAUAACGAGGACGUCCCGGACGGGACCUCAAAUGACGAAGAGACCCCGGGCGGGACCCCAAUUCCAAUCCCGCUCGGGAUGACACCAGAACCAAUCGGGGCGGGAUCUAUGACGACCUCGGGGGACGAGGAAGAAGAAGAAGGGACGAGCCGACAAAGGUACAGAAACAUACAGGACAUAUAUGAAGCAGCUCCAGAGGUUCACAUGGUAUGUCUUCUAGCCGAUGGGGAGGAUAUUACUUUUGAAGAAGCCAAGCACGAUGAAAAAUGGAGAGAUGCCAUGAACGAAGAAAUAAAAGCGAUUGAGAAGAAUCAGACCUGGGAACUUACCAAUCUCCCGAGAGGUCAUAAGCCGAUCAGAGUCAAAUGGGUGUAUAAGAAGAAAUGCAAUGCUGAAGGUAUGGUCGAGCGAUACAAAACUCGGCUUGUUGCAAAAGGUUACAAGCAAAAGGCUCGGAAUGAGAGACCGAAGAGAAUUAAGAUUAGGGGAGGAAUUUGUUGGGAUUAAUUAAUUAAUCUUAAUUAGUUUACUUCCUAGGGAACAUAAAUUAUCUUUCCCUACUUUUAUUGGAAAGAUGAAAGGUCUUCUUGGAAAGGUAAAUUGUAUUUCCUAGGGAUUAUUUUACUCCUCUUGUAAUGCCUAUAUAAGGCCACCAAUUGUAAUGUUUUAUCAAGUGUGGAAUAUAAUACAUUCUCCUACAUUCCUUUGAGUUAUAAGUUAGCCAAACACUUAGAAUAUUUUCGGAUAUUUGGGGCCUUCAGAAAAAAACGGAAAAUAGAGUACGUACCUCAUUAUUUGAGAAGGGAUGGUUACCUUAGAGACAACUAGAUGGAGAGAUUUUGAAACCUUCAAAAAUGGAGAUGAGAGCUCUUGAAAUGUAAAGAGGAGAAAAAAUGGGAAUGGGAGUGAGAGAAUAGCAAGGGACGGAUGGGAGAAAGAAAGGGAGGAUGUGGGAUGAGAGAUGUUUGAAGGGGUAAAAAAAUGGUAAAAAUAAGAAGGCUUUUAUAUGGGGUACAAAUUGAGGUAGGAUUGGGGUACCUAUAGCAUUUUUGAUUACUUAUUCUUCCGGUGUUCCGGUGUGGGAAAUCUAUAAAGGGAAGACUACGUACUAGGCACAAAUUGCUUUAUUAGCUCAGUGGGAAACCUAGAGUCCGUUUGGUUUUUCGACUUAUCAGACUUAUCAGUCAGCUUUAUCACCAAACAUGUAAUUUUUUAAUCCGCGCGCUGUAUUUUGUAAUAAGCAGAAAAAGUAAGGUUAGAUUUACUUUUCUGGUUGUAUUGACUGAAAUUACUGUAGAAGAUCAUUUUAGUUAUUUUUUCAUAUAAGUUUUUAUUUAAUUUACUAAUAACAAAUAUUUUAAAUAUAAUUUUUUCAUGAACUAGCAGAAUCAGCCAAUACAGCCACUUCAGUCAGAAUUUCAUAAAUUUCAGCAGAAUCAACCAAUUUAGCCAAUUUUGAUGUUAACAAACGGGCUCUGAAUUUUACAUACAUUAGCCUACAAGAAUAAUGCUACAAAAUAUCACUAGUACUACAUAAUUAGUGUUCCAUAUUAAAAUGAUUAUAUCUCUUAUUAUUAUUACCUUUUUAUUACGGAGUAUUAUAGUAUAAUAGUAGUAUUACUAUUAAUUUUAUCACCCAAUUUCUUUUCAGAAUCUAGUUUUAUAGAAUGGCUUGUGGGUAGACCUGCACAAUUCCGGGCCGGCCCACUCGGCCCGCCCAUAUAAAUGGGCGGGUUUGGACACAUGCUUUAGCCACCGGCCCCGGCCCGGCCCGGCCCGUUUAAAAUAUGGGCGGGCUUGGGUUGUAAUAUAGGCCCGGUCGGGCCUAAAAGCCCGGCCCGUAAACAUAUUAUAUAUAUUAUAUUAUAUAUAUUAUUCUAUAUAUAAUUAUACAGUAUAUGACUAUACGUAUAAAACUUAAAAUACAUGGAAGUAUAAUUUCAUUACCAUGUCAUUAUUCACAAGUGUCAUUAUUUUCCAUUAUUUUUAACUUGUAAGGUUCCACAAGUAUGUUCAAGAUCGAUGAUGGACGUUCGAAUGAUAGCGAGGAUGAAGAAGAUGAAAUGCUACUCUAGUGUAAGACAAUGCUUCUCUUUCACAGACGCACAUGGCAGAGCAGUCUGGGAGAUCAAUUACUUUCCGAUGAAAUGAAGGAGUGUCGAGAAGUUCUUGGAAUCUUGGGAUACCAAUUACUUUUUGUGUUCUACUAUUUAAAUUUGAACUGUAAUGAUAUACAUUUGUUAAGUCUUUUUGGAGAUACUCUUGACUAUUUCCGCUGCACAUUGUGAAUCUGUGAUUGUGCUUUUAAUUAUGGAAUAUGGAUGCUUAUUUGGAAUUUGGAUGCUUUUUGUUUUCCAGAAUCGUUUUGUGUUUUGCAU